CUUUUUUAACUCACCCCGGUCAUAAUUGUGAUGGUUAUCAUUAUGGAGACAGGUUAUUUAUUCUUCGCUGGGGCCAGAGUCAAUUGUCAAAUUCCUUGACAUUUAACAGUGCGUUUCGCCCACCCCGGAUUCUUGUCUUCUCUGUCUUUUUUGUCUGCAGCAUCAUCCCAAUUGCUAUACGGAGUAUAUCUGCCUUGCUCCCUGUUUCCUCCGCACCCCCUGCACACGCUUCCGGUUUCUUUCAGCCACCUUGCUUUCGUGCUAUAAAGACACUGCGGUGGCUUGAUUCUCGACAUCCCGACGACAAUACCGGGUGAUCGAUCGAGCCUAUGCGUCCCGCGAUCUCCUUUUGAUCCUUCUCUGCCGGGUUUACCAGUCAAUUGGACUCGCCGGUGGGUUUAUUGCCUGGACCGCCAACCUUCGGUGUCCAUUGUUUUCUUUUUUCGCUGGACGCUCUCCUGCCAUUCUUAUUAUUACCCUCUGUUUCCCCCGUAUCAUACCCCCUUCCCUCUUCUCCUCGUGACAGUCCUUGAUGCUGGUGGUUGGGGCGUGACACUGGUCCCUUGAUUUCCACUACCGGGGCCUCGCGGACUCUUGUUGAAAUCCCCCCCCUCCGCCCCCAAAUUUUCCAUCGGGAAGAACAACUACAGUACCAACCAUCGAAUCUCCGUCAAUCCUACCUUAUUCCCUCUCAUUCCAUAGAUCUGGUUUCCUCGAACCAACGAUCCUCUGUUUUGCCACUUCAGCGGCCCGUUAUCCGUGCUGUGAACUUUAUUUCUUUACGUGUGUGACCAUCUAUUUCCUGUCGAUUUCUGUCAUCACCUUCGAGAUGCUGGCCCUGGAAUCAUCCCGCCAGCACCAGGCUGCCUAUCUGCAGCCCUUCACCAUGGAUCCGACCCUGAUCGACCCGAUGGCCUUCCACAUCGACCACCUCGGCGCCUACACCCAGGACCAAGAGGCCUUCAGGCUAUCCCAGUCCUACUUGGACACGUCCUCCCUUUAUGCAGAAUCCACGUCCGAUGCAGCCCAUUCUGCCGGUUUUUCCUCCAUGCCGGCCACUUCCCCAACCGCUACCCCCCAUCCUCCAGACGUAUAUCUAUCCGCUGUGUCCACUGCUUCGGCACCUUCGAUUCCAAGUGCGACCUCGUCCACCAUCGGGUCCCCAUAUUCGGGAACCGCACCAGCCUUGCACGAGCACUGGGUGGACACGACCCAUGGGGUCGGGCUGCCGGCUGCCGUCAUGGGUGACCUGUUUCCCAAUGAGUACAUGGGCAACGCUAUGGAAUCCGACCCAGCUUUCUACCAUGAAAAGAUUCCCGAUAUCUUUAUCAGUGCGUUCUCCGGCCAGCGUGUUGCGCUCCAGCUUCCUGCUAACACUCCAGCAGAUCCUUCCGUAAUCCCCAUGCAACGCCAGCCAUACGCCUCCCCGAUGAGUUUCCAAUAUCCGGAACAGCCUACUUAUCCUCUAAUGCAACCCGGCUUCCCUCCCAUCUCACCAUCCGCAUCCCCCGUUUCAGCUGGAGAAUACCUUCCAGCCGAGAAACCAUUGCAGCCGCACCGGAGUCCGGUCGCGAUGUCGUCCGAACCCCACUCGCGUCCUGUAUCGAUCUCCGGCCGGAGGUCUUCUGUUUCGUCAACCCAUUCCCGCCGAUCUCAGCAUAGCGCGGCCGAGACCGAUGAGGAGGGCGAGGAGGGCAAGGAGGGCAAGGAGAAGGGCCGCUGCCCCCAUCCAGACUGCGGCCGAGCCUUCAAGGACCUCAAGGCCCACAUGCUCACGCACCAGUCCGAGCGACCGGAGAAGUGCCCCAUUGUGACGUGCGAAUACCACGUCAAGGGCUUCGCCCGCAAAUACGACAAGAACAGGCACACCUUGACUCACUACAAGGGGACCAUGGUGUGUGGCUUCUGCCCAGGCCCCGGGUCGCCCGCCGAGAAGAGCUUCAACCGAGCCGACGUUUUCAAACGCCACCUUACCUCUGUACACGGUGUCGAGCAGACACCGCCCAACUCGCGCAAGAAGAUGCCGACGGCAUCGUCCAACAAGAAGAUCUCAGACUACUGCAGUGAUGCCACGGGCAAGUGCUCGACGUGCUCUGCCACAUUUUGCAAUGCGCAGGACUUCUACGAGCACCUGGACGACUGCGUCCUGCGUGUGGUGCAGCAGGAAGAGCCUAGCGAGGCCAUCAAUCAACAGCGUCUGGCGGAAGUGGCCUCUGAUGAAGAAGUGAAGAAGACAAUGGAGAAGCACAGGCUGCUUGACACGGCUGGUACCGUGGACCAUUUUGACGAUGAUAACGAUGAUUAUGAUGAUGAUGACUCUAAUGAACUAUCCUCGACUCCGAACUGGUCCUCUGGUCGUGGAUCUAUCAAGUCGACUAAGAGCAGCGGUGUUAACUCUGCAUCCCAUGCCGCUGGCAGAAACGCCGUGGGCAAGGCGUGUUCAACUGCCUCCAAGAGACGACGUAACCGUCGCCUAUAUCCCCAAUCGUGGGGAUGCCCCAGCUCCAGCAUGAAGACCAAGAAGCGCAUUCUCUGCGUCUUCGAUGGCCGUCGCCGUCUGUGGAAAGAUGAGAUGAUGCUGGACAGCCAAUUCGAAGUUCGACUGAAGCUACCGGGCGGCGCUGGUGACGGCACGAACCGCGAAGCCUACAUCACGGACUUGGACCUGGAAACCAUGAAGCGCGUUGAUGGAGUUCUCAGUGCCUCUGAUGAGGAGCGCGGUCCCUGGAUUGAUAACCAACCCUCAUGCCUCAUCGGCCGUUCUGCCGUGCCAUUGUCGGACUUCCAACGGCACGCGGACGACGAGGUCAAUUUGGACGAGUUUAUGGUCUAAAAGUUUCCUGGUUUUCGUUUUUUU